UAUCCGAGUAUUUGAUACUGCGCGAUCUUCAGGAUAUAAACAAAAAGCAGCGGCGUCUUUGCCUGGCGGUCCAAACCCCCGAGCCAAACCGCCAGCGAUCAUGGCGCUGAUCAUCUAAUCUGGAGAUUCGGUCAUGUGCUGCCUGUUUUCCCUUUCGGGGAGUUUUAGCAGAGCUGCACUUUGGAAAUCGCUCAUAUGCGGCUUGGGCUCAUGUGGCCAUUGCUCGCUGCUGCUACUGCUUCAGCUGUCUCAGAACCUCUCCCCUCCUCCUUUCUAAACGCCUCCACGUCACGGCGUGGGCCAGGUAUAAAUGAGCGGCGGGAGGCUGCUGCACAAAAGCAGGCCGCGUGUCCCUUUUGUGUCUCUGUUUUGACUGCUUUUUUCCUCUACAAGCUUCCACUUCCCUACACUCACAUCGUCGACUGGUAUAAACCAUGGCUGGCAACAAAAUUGGCAAGUCUUUAUUUUCCUACUGUUGUCGGCCAGUACAUGAGGUGCUGGCACUCAGCAGCACCAUACGAUAAGCAUACUGGACCACGCCGCCUCCAAGGCACACGGGAUUUAGAUAAAAGGCCAGCAGGGUGGAGCUGAACAAGACUGUUUGCUCAGGACAACAAACAUCUUCCG